AGAAAAGUGAAAAGAAGUUUUAAUGUAUCAGUAUUCGCUCGCCGACGCCAUGACGGACAACUUGAGGAUUUUAUAAUUCUCUCCGGAGGAAGAGCGUCGCAUCUUGUAAGGAGCCACAGAGGAAACUUCACCAUUCCGAAGUCAUCAGAGUCUAAUAUGGGAUUUGGCGUGCUGGGAGUGUUUCUGGGUCUGCUCCUGGAGGUCUCCACCCACGGACCCCACGCUGUGCCUCGGACGUCCUGGAGACACCAAGAUUUAGAUCUGUUGGAGUUUUCGGAGCCCGGGAUCUACAACUACUCUACGUUGCUGCUGAGCGAGAAAAAGGAUGCGCUGUAUGUCGGAGCCAGGGAGGCCAUCUUCCAGCUCAGCAAGAAGAACGUGACAGUCCGGAGCAACAAGGUUGAGUGGACAGUUGCAGAAAACCCCUUGUUGAUGUGCACGCUUAAAGGAAAAUCCAAAGAGAAGGAUUGUCUAAACUACAUUCGAGUUCUCCAAGCGGUGGAUGACGAGCGGUUGUACGUCUGCGGCACGCACGCCUUUCAACCCCGGUGUGAUUACUUGAACCUCGCUGACUUCUCACUGGACGGUCGGGCUGAAGAUGGCCGGGGACAAUGCUCCUUUGACCCGUCGCAGAGCUUCACCACCGUCAUGGUCGACGGAGUGCUGUACUCUGGCACGGCUUUUAACUUCUUAGGAAGCGAACCGAUUAUUUCCAGAUACUCUCCAGACCAGUCCCUGCUCCGAACGGAGUACUCCACGUCGUGGCUCAAUGAGCCCAGUUUUGUUCACGCCGACGUGAUCAGAGAAGGGAGGAACCAAGCAUUUGGGGAGGACGACAAAAUCUACUACUUUUUCACCGAGGUGUCGGUGGAGUACGAAUUCUUUGGCAAGCUGCUCAUCCCCAGGGUGGCGCGCGUCUGUAAGGGCGACCUCGGGGGGCAGCGCACUCUGCAGAAGAAGUGGACGUCCUUUCUUAAAGCUAAGCUGGUGUGCUCCAUGCCCGAGCUCAACUUCGUCUUCAACGUAGUGCACGACGUCUUCAUCCUGAAGGAGUCCGACUGGAGGGACACGGUCAUCUACGCCGUCUUCACCUCCCAGUGGGGUAACGUGGGCCUGUCAGCCGUGUGCGCUUAUAACAUGACGGCUGUGGAGGACGUCUUCUCCAAGGGCAAGUACAUGCAGAAGGCCACAGUGGAGCAGAGUCACACCAAGUGGGUGCGCUACAACGGCAUCACUCCUUCUCCACGUCCCGGAGCAUGCAUCAACAACUUAAUGCGACAGCAGAACAUCAGCAGCUCCCUCCACCUGCCGGACAAGACCCUUCAGUUUGUAAAGGACCACCCCCUGCUGGAGGACCCUGUCCUGCCCAUCGGCAACGGUCCUCGUCUCAUCACCAAAGACGUCAACUACACCCAGAUCGUCGUGGAGAGAGUCCGGGCGCUCGACGGGAACGUUUACGACGUCAUCUUUACCGCAACAGAUAAGGGCAUCUUGCACAAGUCGGUGGUGUACGAAGGAGACGUUCACAUGGUGGAGGAGAUCCAGCUUCUAAAGAACCCGGAGCCCAUCAAGAACUUACUGCUGUCAUCUGAGACACGAUCCCUGUACGCCGGUUCAGACUCGGGCGUGGUCCAGUCACCCACAGCGUUCUGUGGCAGGUAUCCGUCCUGUGAUGGCUGCGUCCUGGCCCGAGACCCGUACUGCGCCUGGGACCGCCGCACCGCCGCCUGCAUCAACAUCUUAGAUGCUCCCAGCCCACAGCACGGGAAGCUGAUCCAGAGCCUGACUGGGGACGCAGACAAGUGUCCUUCAGUGUCAGGUCUGUUGCUGAAGGACUACCAGCAAGUGAAGGUGAAACCCGGGAGCUCUGUCGAGCUGCCCUGCCUGGUCCACUCCAACCUGGCCCAUGUGAUGUGGAAAUCCAACAGCUCGGUUCUCACCGAGGCCUCUCUCUUCCACCUCAUAGGUGAAAAUGGUCUCCUCAUUUACAGCGUGGCACCAGAGGAUCAAGGUCACUAUGAGUGCUGGUCCGUGGAAUGGGCCGCCGCUGCCGGGAAGAACUUCAGUCGCCUCCUGGCUGGAUACGUCCUCACUCUGGAUCUCCCGACCAGAGCCCCCCACCAGGCGGGCCACCGCACCACCACCCUCGGCAGCCAGGAGACACCUAGCUCCCCUGAAGGUAAUGAUGAGACAGAAAAAGCCCCACUAACUUCAGCCCUCGCCCCCCCCACCUUCCCAGCCUCGGCCCUCUUCACCUCCCCGCCCCAAACUGACUCGUCACUAACCCCACCCCCUAGCAGCACAAUCAAGCUCCAGCCAAAGUUGGAGGCUCUUCCAUCAAGCUCCAACAGCGCCCGCCCUGACAACCGGGACCCAGCGGCCGAGUAUCUGCAGCAAAACAACAGCAUUGCCCUCCUCUUGCUCUUCCUCCUGUUUUUCCUCCUCUUCCUGGCUGCGCUGGCCUACAACUGCUACAUGCAGUACCUUCCAGCUCCCUGCCUGCGCAUGCGAGCUGCUCUGCUGGGCAGCCACAAGAGCGCCAGUCAGCCCGAGUACCGUGCCUGUGAAGCAGGUCUGAUGGAAGCGCCCGCGACAGACAAAAUUCAAAUGACGGAGCAGCCGACGCAGAACGGCAGCCAAACCACACACCUGCGGGCGCUCCGCGACACAGGGUACGAGACCGAGCCAGAGUCCGGCAACGGUCGGAUCCCCUCCCACAACUUCGGCGAGGACAGCCAGUCGCAGGAGAAACCCUUCGACGUGGACUGUGAAUCUCAGCCCAUCCAGUUUGCAGACGAAGAUGAACCUUACUGAUAAGCAGGCGCCUGCUCUAGUUUCUCUCGGCAUCGAGAGGAGUUACAGGGGGUCACGUUCUUUCUGCAUCUUCCCACUGCUCCCAAGUCUUAAGUGUUGUCCUCUACAUGGAAGCAUGUUCAGUCAGUGUCCAGCAUUGGAUGACGUUUUAUCAUUACAAGGCUUAAGGCGGGCGCCCCAAUUGUGCAGAUUUACCUCCUGCUGUCUGACUUAGAGCUUUUUCUGAUAAAGUACAACUGUGCACAUUGAAGCUGCACCAUCUCAGCUUAGUCCAGCAAGUGAAGCUAUUUCUUAAAUUCCAAACUGGAAACAUUGUUUACCAAAUUGGUAAGUUACUGUGAUGUUUUCCAAAUUGGAAUCGUUUUUUAAUUAGUACACACAGCCUGGGUGAGAAAAAAAUCUCUCAAAGCUUUUGCAUUUUUUUUUUUCCUUCAAAGCAAAGCGUUGGCUGUUGAACUUGGGUAAAUGCUUCACCGUUAGUGUUUUCUCAGGGAAGAUUUUCUCGGUACUUUGCAGCCUCGCUUGGUUGUACAGUGUUGCCGUCUGCAGAGCGCCUUAUCUCACCAGUCGAGGCAGAGAAGUCGAGUUUGAAACGUCAGAAAAAGAGAAAAACAUGGAUUAAAAUCAAACCACUGUCUUGUUUGGACUCAUCCUGCGCAACAAUCUGGAGUCUUUGUAUUCAAUUUAUUUUCCCUCCCUGUGAAGUAGACAUUCCUACGUGGAUACAACUCCUGACAGUCCUGUGUAUUAACCUCUACUAGUCAUCUGCCCUCAUGUGGUUUGUUAAUAACGUAAAUAUGGUUUAUGAUGAUAUCAACCGUCAGUUGUUCUUUCCUCGAAAAAAAAAGCCCUGGAAAUAAUCUGAAGUUAUUUUUUUAUACUUAUUUUUAAUUAAAACCUUUAUUUCAGUUUUAGAACAUUUUCAGAUAAUUAUUAUUUAAGACGUCAAAUCUGUGGUAAUGUCAUUUUGUCCCUUUGUGCAAGUUCUGAUUUUUUCCUUUUUUAUUUUAUUUUAUUUAUUGCAGCAGAUUUUCUUUAGUCCUAUUCCUCAUUCAUUAGUCGCUCCCUUCUGUCUUUCUUGCAUGUCCUCCCUUGUUGAGAUUUCCUGUUUUCCUCAACACUCUUUUCUCCAUCACUCCCUCCCUCACAGCCUCCUCUCCUGUCGACACUUCAUUCUCCCUGCUGGGAAGUAGUACUCCCUCUGUCCUCCCUUCUUCUUCCUCCUCUUCCUCCUCCACCUCCUCCUCUACCAAGCCCCACAGUGUGGAGGCUCGGGAGGCAGAGGUGAGACUCUUGCCUCCCUUGCUGAAGGACCAGGCCUGGGGGGUUCACGCCCACGAGGCCUUCCUGCUCUUCUGCCUCGCCCUGGGUGAGUGGUGCCUCUGGCGUUGACUCUGCUUACACCCCCCCAAAAACCAAACCUCCCUGUUUGGAAAUCCUCUCAUUUUAACCCUCCCUUUUCUCUACGCCAUUUCCCCCCUUACUCAUUAUUUCGCAUGCCACCAUUUCACACCACAUAAACUAACUGGGAAUGUGUGUGGGUGUGUUUCUGGAUUCUGCAUAAAACAUGCCUGCCCUUUUUUUAUUUUUAUUUUUUAGAAGUAACAGACAAUACCUGUAUCAUAAGUGAAUGUAAAAAAAAAAAGACAAAUCUGGGUUCAAAAUUAAACUGUCCUUCCGCUGUGAUCUGGUUUUCCUCACAGUUCUCGAUUGUAUGUCAAUUAAAGGUUGGCUUUGAUGUACAUUAUUGUGUAACAGAGGAGCGAAUCCUUCUCUUCUCUCCUUGGAGCAAAUAAAUUUAGGAUUUAGGACAUUCAUAGUUCAGAUGUGUGCCUGUAAACAAGUGUAAAUACAGUAUAUUUGUAUAUAUGGAAAAACACUCUUUGAAGAUGUACAUAAAUCUAGGGGACAUUUUUGGGGCUGUGGCUCUUAGGUUAAAUAAAUCUUGUCAAACUGUU